UGCAGUAACCUGAUGUAGGCUACACACAUUGACUGGUGGCGGCGCGCGCUGGACGCAGAUGCCAUGACAGCAUGAUCUCAGUCUAACGGGAGAGGGUGUAGUCUACAUGAAACCGCGACACUCAUGACAAUCAAGGAGAUUUAACCGGAUUUCACCGAAUAUCAGCAUAUUGUGGAAGUGAGAGGAAGACAUCGAUGGUGCUGUCGGUUGUUUCUCUGGGGCAGAUCAGCGCAUCUGGAGUAUUGUAGGAUGCAAAAGGGUUUUUCAGCAAAACAAAAUGAGUGUGACGUCAUGGUUCCUGGUGAGCAGCUCUGGUACUCGUCACCGUCUGCCACGGGAGAUGAUCUUUGUUGGUCGGGAGGACUGCGAGCUCAUGCUGCAGUCUCGUAGUGUGGAUAAACAGCAUGCUGUUAUCAACUACAACUCUGCCACAGAUGAGCACCUGGUCAAGGAUUUGGGAAGUUUAAAUGGGACCUUUGUGAAUGACCUGAGAAUCCCGGAUCAAACAUAUAUAACCCUCAAGCUGUCGGACAUUGUUCGUUUUGGAUAUGAUUCCCAUGUGUAUGUUCUUGAGAAGAGUCAACAUAAAGUCCCUGAAGAGGCACUUAAGCAUGAGAAAUACACCAGUCAGCUGCAGAUGGGCCUAAAAAUAACAGAGGGAAAACAACAAAACCUGCAGGAGGAGAAGUCAAAAUUAGAGCGUCCGGAACGCAAAAGUGUCACUGGUGCCCCUUUAGAGCCCCCUUCACCCCGACCCACACCGCUGUAUGGACAGCCAUCAUGGUGGGGAGAGGAAGAGUCUGGUAACAAAGGAAAAAACAACGAAGUACGCAGGUCAGGUGACAGUCAAUCAGAGGUUAUUAAAGAGGGCCCGACAGGUGAGGAUGAUUUCAGCAGUUCUGUUCAGGACAUCAACGACAGUCAGACCAAGUCAACGUUCUUGUACAACCGUGAGCCUAGUUAUUUUGAAAUCCCAACAAAGGAGUUCCAAGUGCACCCCAAGUCCCCGUCAGGAGACCUCAUCGACAUCCCAACCAAAGACACCAAUGUACCUCUGACUCCGACACCUCAAGUUGUCCAGAGUCAUGCUUCUUUCACUAUCGAGUUUGAUGACUGCAUGCCAGGCAAAAUGAAAAUCAAGGACCACGUAACCAAGUUCUCCUCUCGUCAGCGGAGCAAGCAGCAGCCGCCGAGUAAACCUCUGACAGCCACGCCCACAGAGGUUCAGUCGGCCGAGAGCAAAGUAGCAGACUGGCUCGUUCACAGCGAUGUCAGCAUGAUGUGCAGGCGACCACCUUGUGAGGAUGUGUACAGCACUAAGAGUGACUUGCCGAUACACAUAAGGACACUCAAAGGACACCAUCAUGAAGAUGGAACCCAGAGUGAUUCAGAAGACCCAGAACUGAAAGACAAACGAAGCAAGUCUCAUCAUUCAAUGCAAUCUGAAUCAUCAGUACAGUCACACCACUCAAUGCAAUCAAGGAUUUCCGAAUCUUCUGAAUCAGUGCUGCCUCAGCAGUCCAUUCCAAUGCAGAGAUCUUAUUAUCCUCAGUCAGUCUCCCCGCCCAAACAUCCUCAACCAGAUUACGAGGAAAGUGAGGCUCAUAUUGUCCAAAAACCCUCCUCUCCUCCCCAAACAGAGGUUAAGCCUGUGCACCCUGAGCCACAUACCCAACAGGCCUUCAUCAUUGAGUUCUUUGAUGAUAAUCCAAGGAAGAAGCGGUCACAGUCCUUUACCCACAACACUGCACAUGCUGACUCCUACUCUGCCUUAAAGGCCAAACUGGAAAGACGCAAAGGUGGAGCUCAUGGUGAAAGGCCAGCUUCUGUUCAUGGGCACAUUCCUCCAACGCAGCAGAUUACUGUUCCUCUGAAAGGUUCAGCCCAUGGAGGUUCACAUAGGUCAAGCUCACUAAAGAGAGAUAAGACAGAAGACAGUGGGAGCAGCACAUCUCUUUCUGGGACCUCAUCUCGCUCUACGCCAACAAUAACAAUCAAGCCUUUUGGAAGUGUGGGCAAAAAGUCAAAAAUAGCUCAAGAAUUUGCUGCAGAGUUCCUGAAAGAUACAGGAAAAACGUCCCCACCACCCAUGUCUGCCCCACCUGUAAUGAUGUCCCCAUCUCACACUCAUUUACCCUCCCCAGCUGAACCAACUGGACCCUCAUCUGUAUCUUACCCAUCUUCUCCAUCCCAGCUGCUGCCAUUAUCCCAGCCUAUUCUUCCAGCAUCUUCCCCUGUCUCUGUCCCUUCUCAUGCUCCUGGGAGAGGUGUAGUUUCUAAUGCUUCCUCAAUUUGCUUGGCUGGGUCAUCGGUACCCCAGUUUUCUCCACGUGGAAUUAGUGGUGUAGACACCAAGGGCUCAAGGGUGACACGGACGGAGGAGGAGGACAGUCUGAGCGAUGCUGGUACCUACACUAUUGAGACAGAGUCACAAGAUAAGGAAGUGGAAGAAGCUAGAAGUAUGAUUGACCAGGUUUUUGGAGUGUUAGAUGCACCAGAAUACAGUGAUCAGACUGUUGUAGUGACUACAUCAGCACAUAUUCACGGUGGAGACCAAGUCAGCUCACUACAGGCACAUCCUGAUGUAGGAGGGCCUAAAUGGGUCUCACGCUGGGCCAGCCUAGCGGACACUUACAGUGAUACUGGUGCCACGCAAGGAUCCAUGGUCACCCAACCUCAAAAUGGACUAACAGACAGAGAUGGACGAGUGAUAUUAAUGGUUAGUCAAAGCUUAGACAUCUCUGGAUCUGAAAGCAGUCAAGGUUCCAGGACAAGACGAUUACUUCCCCAAGUUCCACCUGGAGAAAAACUUGAGAGCAUAACGCCUAGCAUCUUGAUCCGACACGAGACAAACGUGGACCAUGAGCCACCAGAGAAAGGUACUAGAGCACCACAGCAGCAGGACGGCACUCAGUUGCUACGCGUCCAGGACGAUUUGGAUCCAGACAGUCUGAGUGACACCAGCCGUUCAGAUGACAGCUCUAUCCUUGAUAGGAGUGGACGAAGCCAAGGAAAGAAAGGCACCAUAGCCCACUUGCCAACUGAAAGUCUAAACUAUUCCAAAAUCAGAGAGAUGCCAACACCAACUCCCAAACCCACAUCAUUUUAUAUUGGCCCUGAAGAAGAUUCCUGCAGGUCAGAGACAUCCAGAAGUCCUGUUCUGUCCCAGCCAGAAAGAGACUCCUCUCCCAAGAUGCCUCCAACCACUGUCUUGAUAGGACAACUGAGUGGCCAUGAGUCUAAACGUCCAGUAAAGCCGAAUGCAUCAGCUCCAAAUCUUCAGGUCCAUGACAGAGAUGUGGUGCCCACCAAAGACACGGCAACCUCAUUUGUUCGACAGGAAAGUUUUACCAAAGAUAGGCCAAGUGACAACAUCCAAGUUAAGAAGCUGCCACAUAUCUCCAGUCAUCCUGCUUUGAGAAGCUUGGAUUCAGGAGAACCUGUGCGAGAUGCAUCUCCAUUUACUAAAGAAACAGAAAGAACUUUGGUUUCACCAGAAGAGAGGUUAUCUAGAUCUAGUCAACGAUCGAAAAAGGGGAGCUCUUCUGCACAAGAGGACUCCCUGUCUGGUGAAUCAGAUGUUGACACCGCCAGUACCAUAAGCAUGGUCAGCAGUAAAAAUGCCCCUGUCAGUGCACCUAAGAAGCGCACUGCUGCAAAUGACCAACGUAAGGAUAAAACGUCUUCCAGUUUAUCCGCACACGAUAAAGGACGACAACCUACAGCCCGCGAGCGACUCUCAGAAAAACGCAAAACUCAUGCCUCUGCAGAUAAAGCUGAAACCAGUAAAGCUGAACAAACUCGUCGCCUCCAGCUUCGUCGUAGUGCUGGCAACCGUGGAUCUUUAGAUCUUUCAGAUAAUCAGCAUGGUCAACAGUUGUUGCCUGAAACUGCUGCUUCUGAUCAUGAGUCAAUUUCAAAGCCCAAUGGUCGCAAGAAACUCACUGCACCACAGCAGAAAGAAGACUCUAAUAAAGUGGCUAAAGGGGGCCAUCAGAUCCUGACCCGAUCCAAUAGCCUUUCAGCCCCAAGACCAACUCGUGCCUCCAUGCUCCGCCGAGCCCGGCUAGGUGAGACCUCUGACAAUGAGGGUGCAGAGACAGACCGUGCAUCUCAGAGCUCCGACCACACUAAGAGUCCUGCCGAUGCAAAGAAACUCUCAAGGUUGGACAUUCUUGCCAUGCCUCGGAAGCGGACUAGGUCUUUCACUGUGCCAAGUGACAAUGAGUCCACCUCAAGCAAGCAUGGAAUUUCAAAUCGUUCUGUUGAGCUGACUGGUAAUGGAAGAAAAGGAGCUUCAGGUGAGGUGAGACAGGCUGCGAAUAAAGGGACUUCAUCAACAGCAAAGCAUUCCUCCACCCGUACCCGAUCUAACCAGGUUAAACACAGUAGCGCAUCUGGUCGCAGACAAAAGGCAUCAGACUAUUCUUCUACCUCAGACGAGGAGUUUGAGAAUAACUCCAGCUCCAAACACAAACGCUCCCAUGCCUCAGCUUCAACUCAGACUCAGACACCACAGAAGCUUCAAAUGAAGCUUAAAAGUAGCUCUUUGGAAACAGAAGAGGAUGAAGCUCAGAACGAACACUUCCAGAACUGGUCAACUCAUAGUGCAGAGAUUGCCAGGUUGAGUCAAGACCUGGCCAAAGAUCUUGCCAUUCUUGCACGUGAAAUCCAUGAUGUAGCAGGGGAUGGUGACUCUCAGACAUCUUCAGGCAUGGGAACUACCACCUCUCCAGGCUCUAUGCCCAAUACUCCUGCAUCAACUAUCUCAACCAGAGAGGAGAGACCAUAUGCAUCAUUACAGAGGUUCCUGUCACCUCAGCUGGUACAGCACAUACCCGAGGCAAGUCUGAACUAUCAAAAGGUUCCUCCAGGCUCAACUAGUCCAAUAGACCAGGACUCAAAUAUGAACGAUCAUGACAGCUCCAAACGACGCCCCUGGAACCGCGAAGAGGUGAUUCUGGACAAUCUAAUGUUGAAUCCAGUCUCCCAGCUCUCACAGGCUAUCAGAGAGAACACAGAGCAACUAGCAGAGAAGAUGAAAGUUAUGUUUCAUAACAAGACAGAGGUGUGGGAAGAAAUAGAGGCAAAAAUCAAUGCUGAAAAUGAGGUUCCCAUUCUCAAGACAUCCAACAAGGAAAUCUCAUCGAUUCUCCAGGAACUAAGAAGAGUGCAGCGACAACUUGAGGUGAUCAACACUAUCGUUGAACCUGGAGGAACCCUCAAGAUGCCCCCUGUUGCAGCUUCAUCCGGGGGAAAGACCAAAUCUGCUUCCAAGGAGUUUACAAAGCCCUCUUCUACUAAUGCCAAUGCAAGUGCAAAGCGGGGUCCCCGUGGACCGGACGGAGGGCGAUAUGUAGUUUAACAGUUGCACAUAUAUGUUUGGAGACUUUCAUCUUCACAGCGUAUUUGUAAAAGUAUUUGUAGUGCAAGUCAUAUGCUUUCUAUAAGACUGCUGGUAUACUGCACAAGCUAAAAGUAGGCAACACUGUAUUUAUAUCAAUUGUAACCUGUGGCUCGCUUGGCCAGUUGAUCCGUAUACCUUGGCUGAAUGAAUGAAUGAGUGCGUGCUGUGUUGCAGUUUUGUUGUACCAUGUGUUUUAAUUGUUAAAAACUUUUGUAGCAUUCACUCAAAGUACAAUAUUUGUCAUUUGUGCAUUUGGCUGCUAGAAAUUAAAAGCAUGAAAAUGGUGGAUACAUACCACUACAGUACUAAAGUGCUUGCGUUGUAAAAUUUGACUGAAUUAGUCAACAAAGGCAUUGCUGUUAACUUGCUGGCUUUGCUAAAACAAGUCUUUUAGUUGUUUUAAAUGGUGAAUUUUAGGAAGAUUAGAAUUGAAGAUAAAUCAUCAUAAAAUGUAAUUCACGUUUGGCAUAGAUUGGUAAAACAGUCCGAAUAAGUGUAUUGUUAAAAUUGUGAUUGAACAGAUCAGUGAUCAGAACGGCAUAGAUUUGCAUCACAUAUGUCUGGUGUGUAUUAAUGUGAGUGAUUUUAUGCUUAGGAUUAUAGAAAUAUUUGUAUGAUGCUGUUGAGUGUUGUCGAUGUGUGUUACAGGUUAAAUAACGGGUACAUUGAGCCUGCCCCAAUAUAUUAUACUGUAUGCUUUAUGAUUGUAUGCAAAGCAGUGAUUGCUGUUAUUCAUUUUCUACCACAAAGAGCUAUUUGAAGUUUGUUGCACUGCUUCACUUGAAGGAAAAAAAUAACUACAGUCUAUGUUACUGUACAAGCUAGCGACGUCAUGUUUGUGUUUUAGCAUUUAUCCUUUAGCUGUUGUUAACACGUGAUUUUGAAUGUUUUAAAAGUGAUCAACUUUUAACCAGUGAAUGCAAAUAGUCAGCAAUUCUGUAGUUUUCAUGACUUUAGUAAAAUGUAGUGCCACAGUAGGACAACCGGGAUGUGUCAGUAGAUAAACAGUCCACUUCAAUCACAUGUAGUUAAAGAUCCAGGGUGUCACACACACAUUAUACAAAAUCUAGUUAUACAAAAUCUGGACAUUUUCCUGUCCACCAGGGUCCUAAACAACACAUUUUCUAGACUCAUUCAUACUGUAUCUACUAUUUAUUUGCACUAUGUGUUAGUAUUGUAUUAAAUGUUUUAUUUUUUUCUAUGUAUAACCAUUCAACACUGAAAAGUCUGUGCAAUCCUAGUGUUAUUACAUUUAUCAAUUUUGGAAAA